CCAGUCCGCCCAGUCUUCUCGCGCCCACCGCAAUAACCGAAAAUGGGAAAGGUUCACGGAAGUUUGGCCCGUGCCGGCAAGGUCAAGUCUCAGACCCCUAAGGUCGAGAAGCAGGAGAAGAAGAAGACUCCUAAGGGCCGCGCCAAGAAGAGACUCACUUACACUCGCCGUUUCGUCAACGUCACCAUGACUGGCGGCAAGCGCAAGAUGAACCCCAACCCCGGCUCUUAAAUUACCCCAACCCGCAAACCAUGAAGCUUCCGUCGCGAUGACAACUUUCUUCUCUCCGGCGACAAAGUUAGCGAGCUAAAAGAAUCCCAUCAAACCCUUUUCUUUCCCCGCGUCACCACGAUGAACGAACUUUUGACGAUGACGAACCAACAACAAGACAACGCCGGAAUGGACUGUACUGUGUGCUUUUAUCUUCUUCUUGGGAUCCCUGGAAACAGGGCGAUCUCAGGAUUAAGGUUCGGGGAAUAAGGGCGAAAAAAAAAGCAAGCAAACUUUUUUCAGGGCGUCUGUGAUUGGGAUGGGAUGCUGUGUUUCUGGGUGUGGUAUGGGUGGACUUGAGUCUACGGACGAAAGUCUACUUGAAGGCCAACAAUGUCUGAGAAAACGUAAAACAGAAAUGCGAUUUUCCAGGCAACACAUGAUUCUCGGUUCUUCGUGAUUCUUUGAAUGGGGAUGUCACAGAUAAGCAUGUACGGCCGUUGUUUUCGUUCCAUCAUCUCUGUAACAUACAGGUAUGCGUAACUCACGUUGGCCUUUUCAAUUCGCCCAUCAAAGAUGAAAGAAGAUUAAAAAGACAACAAGGUUCUCAUUCACUG